UUAUCCGCGUGGAAGAAAAAGAAGCACUCACUCACACACUCACUCACUCACUCGCCACGACGACGACGACGACGACGACGACUUCAUGGACUCCGACGACGACCUCCACCGCCUGUUAUUGGAGCAACGCCGUGAGCUCGCCACGGCUGAGGCCAUCGACUCCGAUCUCGAAUUCGCAUACCGACUACAGCUUGAAGAAGCUCUCGCCGCCUCCCUCGCUUCCCUCCCCUCCUCUUCCUCCCCGCAACCACCACCACCACCACCACCACCAACCAACGAUGACAAAAACGACGCUGUUUUGAACGCCACAACGCUCCAGGCGCAAGAACUCGCGAGGGUUGAGCAAGAACUUCGCGACCGCCACCUCAGCGAGGCUGAGGCCCGCAAAACGAGUCUCGAUCUCAACCGUCGCGUCCACGAUCAGAAAGUCGCCAUCGAAAUUCUUAGAAUGCCCGAAGAUGAUUGGGUCGAAUGGGGCGAUAACUUCGAGAAACCCUUCUUCUUCGGGGAGGGUUCUUCUUCUUCGUCGUCGACGAAGAAGAAGAAUACUGGGAAGGGCAAUUUGGAAAUGGACGAAGGCGAUGAUGGUGCGGUUUUUAGGGUUUACUUUAAGGGUUUGGUGAGCAAAGACGAGAAGUUGAAAAACGGAGAGAAGGUUCUGUUGGCUGGGAUUGGGGUUGCGAUUUGUGAUCCUGAAGAUAACUUGAUUCUUGAGGUGCAAAAGCCACUCAUUGGGUGUGGAACGAGCAAGAUUGCUGCUGAUCUUAAGGCUUUGAUCGAAGGCUUGAAUGCUGCGUUCGCUUUGGACUUGAAGCGUGUUCAGUUCUUCUGCGAUUACUAUCCAAUCUUCCAAUUCGUUAGGGGAAGAUGGCCUGUGAAACAGCGGAAGGUUGCUUUGCUAGUCAAUCAGGUGAAUGCGCUACGGAGAAAAUUUACUUACUGUGCUCCAAUGCUUCUCGCAAGACAUGAUGUCAAGUAUGCAUUUAAGCUUGCAAGAGAGGCAAUCGUUUCUCAAUUGACAGCGCCUGCGGACUCUAACGGUAUGAAGAAUCUAAAUGAAACUUGUGUCAUAUGUUUGGAGGAUACCGAUGGCAAUAACUUUUUUUCGGUUGAUGGCUGUCAACACCGGUAUUGCUUUUCUUGCAUGAGACAACAUGUGGAGGUGAAGUUGCUUCAUGGGAUGGUGCCAAAAUGCCCUCAUGAAGGAUGCAAUUCCGAGCUUCAAGUUGACAGCUGCAAGAAAUUCUUGACAAAUAAAUUAAUUGAGACCAUGCAACUGCGAAAGUUGGAAGCUUCAAUUCCAGUUACUGAGAAAGUUUAUUGUCCCUAUCCACGAUGCUCUGCUUUGAUGUCAAAAACUGAGCUUUUUGAGUACUCCAAAAAUCUUAUUGGUGAUUUUGAACAAUCAGGACCUAAGAAAUGUAUAAAAUGCCAUGGUCUCUUCUGUUUUACUUGCAAGGUCCCUUGGCAUAGUGGCAUGAAAUGCGAAGGCUGCUAUCACAUGACUUGCAGGUGUGGCUAUGAAUUCUGCUACAACUGUGGAGCCGAGUGGAAGAACAAGAAAGCAACGUGUUCUUGCCCACUUUGGGCUGAGGACAAUAUUUGGUUUGAGGAUCAUGCGAGGGACUCGGACGAAGAAGAAGAAGAGGAGGAGGAAGAUGACGAAUUUUUUGACUCAGAUUAUUCAGAUGAUGAAUAUUACUAAUAUGUGCCUUCUAGUGCUAGGUCAAUUGUUUCAUGGUGUGAUCUCUGCAUUUCUCAAAUAGUAAUUUCAUCUGCCUAAUCCUCCCUUUUUCUGGUAUUAAUUUGUAAAUUUUUGGAGCUGACUCACAUAUUCUCAAAAUGAAUCAGUCGGAUUUUGGAAAGAAAACAAAAAAUUACUUGCACAUACCUGACUAGCAAAGUGUGAAUAGUCUAUGGAAACCGGUGGGAGGUUUUAGUAAUGUUUGAUUCAAAUUUGUAUACUCUCUUCUUUUUUAAUAUAUUAUAAUCAGUUUUAUA